CAUCAUCUUAAAAAUUUAUUUUCCUUUCAGUAACAAGCUUUUUUUUCCUCUUAACUAUAAAUAAAGAGACUGCACAAUCUUGCAUGUAGAUCUCAAACAGAAUUAUAACUUCGAUACACACUUCAACCUCAUCUUAUCAUCAUCAUCGUAUCUUACCUUACCGUCUACGUGAAACAAAAUAGAAUAAAUCAAUGUCGGAGUGACAGAUCCCAACUUCAGAGAAAAAUCUUAAUCUGAUCAAGACCCACCUUUCAAAAUGAAAUUUUUCACAUGGGUUUUGAACCUUUUUCUGAUAUUUUCAUUGCUCAGUAACUUCUUCUCAGAAACUGCAGCACAAACAUCUUCAUCACUAGAGACACCAAUUUGUUCAGAAGAAGAUAGAGCUUCUCUUCUCAGCUUUAAAGCAAGCAUUUUGAAGGACACAACAAAUACUCUAUCUUCAUGGAUUGGUAGAGAUUGCUGCGAUGGAGGGUGGGAAGGAGUUCAAUGUAAUCCAUCUACAGGGCGAGUUAACAUGUUGCAGAUACAAAAUUCUGAUGUUACAGACAGUGGCAGUUAUAUGAAGGGUACUCUUUCUUCAGCACUUGGCAAUUUGCAUUUCUUGGAGGUAAUGUUGAUAAGUGGAAUGAAGCAUAUUACAGGAGGAAUUCCUUCUACCUUCUCAAAUUUAACCCACCUCACACAUCUAGUUCUUGAAGACAAUUCACUUGGAGGGUACAUUCCUCCAAGCUUAGGUCGUUUGACCUUGCUUCAGACCAUUUCAUUGAGUGGGAACCAUCUGAAAGGACAGAUCCCUCCAACAUUAGGGAAUCUGAAAAACCUUGCUCAAAUUAAUAUAGCAAGAAAUUUUCUAUCAGGUCCUAUCCCCCUCAGUUUUAAAACCCUUAGAAAUUUGAAUUACCUUGACCUCAGUUACAAUUUAUUAUCAGGGCCUAUCCCUGAUUUUGUAGGGGAGUUUCAAAACUUGACUAAUCUAGACCUAUCCUAUAACCUACUAACAGGAAAAAUUCCAAUUUCCUUGUUCAGCCUUGUCAAUCUUUUAGACUUGUCCUUGAGCUAUAACAAGCUCUCAGGGACCAUUCCAGAUCAGGUAGGAAGUCUGAAAUCCUUAACAAGUCUUCAACUUAGUGGCAAUCAACUUACAGGGCAUGUUCCACUAUCCAUAUCAAAAUUGCAGAAACUUUGGUCUCUUAAUUUAUCAAGAAAUGGGCUCUCAGAUCCCUUACCAGCAAUUACUAUCAACGGCAUCCCUGCACUUUUGUCCAUAGACCUGUCUUAUAACAACCUCAGCCUAGGAAGUGUUCCUGAUUGGAUCAGAAGCAAGCAACUUAUAGACGUACGUCUAGCCAGUUGUGCAUUGAAAGGGGACCUUCCGCACUUCGUCAGACCUGACUCUUUGAGCUACAUAGACCUAUCAGAUAACUAUCUGGUUGAUGGUAUUUCAAACUUCUUCACAAAUAUGUCCAGUUUGCAAGAGGUCAAGCUCUCAAACAACCAGUUGAGGUUUGACAUUUCAACAAUAAAAUUGCCAUCCGAGUUGUCUUCCAUAGAUUUGCAUUCAAAUCUAUUGACAGGUUCGCUGUCAACAAUCAUAAAUAAUAUGACAAGCAAUUCUUUGGAGGUAAUAGAUGUAUCAAACAAUUGUAUUUCUGGUCACAUUCCAGAAUUUGUAAAAGGCACUAGUUUGAAGGUGCUAAACUUGGGAAGCAACAAUAUCUCAGGUUCAAUCCCAGUUUCUAUUUCAAAUUUGAUGGAACUUGAGAGAUUGGACAUUUCGAGAAAUCAUAUAUUGGGAAACAUCCCUUCAGGUCUAGGUCAGUUGCAGAAACUGCAAUGGCUUGAUAUAUCUAUAAAUGGACUAACAGGACAAAUCCCAGGUAGCUUAUCACAGAUCACUAACCUAAAGCAUGCAAGCUUCAGGGCAAACAGGCUAUGUGGAAAAAUACCACAAACAAGACCAUUCAACAUCUUUCCAGCAGCUGCUUAUGCCCACAACAUGUGCUUAUGUGGCAAACCCUUGCAGGCAUGCAAUGGAUAGAAAGAAGGGACAAUAGGUCAGUCAGAUGCUGACUACGUUAUCAUUAGAUAUUUUCAUGCCUUAUGACUAUUGUUACACGAGCAAGAUAGAAUAGGCUCCAAGUAUAUUUAAAUUUUUCAUUUCCAGAUUCAGCACAAUGCUUAUUGCUGAGUUCAAUUUAAAUUUAAUUUAAUUUCAAAUAAACCAUGUAUUCAUUUAUGCAAAUUACUUUAGAUUUGAGAUAGAAGAUAGACUGGUUCGUUUUUGCAACAAGCCUUGUAAAAUGUGGGCAGACUCAAAUAUUGCAGCAAACCACUGACACAUACAUGUGUGGUCAUUGCUUUACGUGGUUUACAACAAAGCUCAGUUAAAAUA